UUGUGGCUCAUCUGGGACCCGGCCAAGUACCCGCAGUACCACUACGUCCAGAAGCUUCCCAUCAGCCGAGUGCAUCUGUACACGGUCGUCCAGGUCGUCUGUCUUGGCAUUUUGUACGGCUUGAAGGCAAUAAAGGAAACGUCUGUGGUGUUCCCGUUCUUCAUGGCGUCUCUGGCCAUCAUCCGCAAGGCCAUGAGGUUCAUGUUCACCGAGGACGAACUGAAGCAGCUGGACGGCCUUCCCGGUGAGGACGAGGAGGAAGAUGCCUCGAUGUCGAAGCCGGACAUCGUGAACUUGGAUGUGAAAGAGGCCGCCUAG